AUGGGUUCACAGACUCGCUGCCAAGCCAUUGUCGACGCCUUCAGCUGCGAUACCCUAGAAAAGGCCGAAGCAUUUCUCAAAAGCCACAAUGAUUCAGGAAGUCUGGUGCUGCAGAACUUCGUCGGGAACACCUUCGUUUCUUCAUCACAGCCAACACAUGACCUAAACACAAUAAACCCCAAAACCUGCAAGCCGUUCGCCAAAGUCCCCCUUAGCAGUGCCUCUGAAGUCGAGCAAGCCCUACAGGCGGCUACCAUUGCUUUCAAAACCUGGAGCAAAACUACGCGGGAAACGAGAUCAAAGUACCUCCAGCGUGUCGCGCAGCUCAUCCAAGAAAACAGGGAGCUAUUCGCAAUAUGGGAGAGCAUCGACCAAGGGAAAACGCUCGCUCGGGCUCGAAUCGAGGUUGAUAGAGCAAUCUCGAAUUUCAAAUACUUCUCUACCUUCAUCUUGCACACGCAAACCGCCGCCCGGAUGGUCGACAACGUAGCGCUAACCUACGAGCACCGCUCCCCCGUAGGAGUAUUCGCUCUCAUUUCCCCCUGGAACAUGCCCCUGUACCUGCUAACGUGGAAAAUCGCCCCCUGCCUUGCCUUCGGCUGUACGGCAGUUGCCAAGCCCUCGGAACUAACCUCCAUGUCUGCUUUCUUACUUUGCGAGAUCUUCCAGCGGGCGGAGCUGCCCUCCGGCGUGGUCAACAUCGUGUUUGGCGAUGGCGCCACAACGGGCGCGGCGCUGGUCCGGAGUCCGCUCGUGAAGGGGGUUUCGUUUACGGGGGGCACGGAGACGGGGGUGAGGAUUAGGCGGGAGACGGCGGAUCAGGUGUGGAAGCAUCUCUCGCUUGAGCUUGGGGGAAAGAAUCCGACGUUGGUGUUUGAGGAUGUGGAGGUGGGCAGGGCGGUGGAGACCGCUGCUAUGGCUGCUUUUGAGAAUCAGGGAGAGAUCUGCCUCUGCGGCUCCCGGAUCUACGUCCAAUCAAGCAUGUACGACGAUUUUGUCUCGGAGUUCACUGCAUAUGUCACAGCCAACUACAGGUGCGGUGGCAGGGUGGGCGCCGUGGUGUCAGUGCCACACUACCAGAAAAUCAGGUCGUAUCUCGAAUUGGCAGAGGUCGAGAAAGCCACUUUCCUCUCUGGCUCAAUACCGCCAGCGAACCCACAGGAAGGGCUUUGGAUCGAGCCUGUAGUGUUAACGGGCGUUUCGACUUCGUCCCGUAUCAUGCGGGAAGAGAUCUUCGGCCCCGUAGUCACCAUUGCCAAAUUCGAAACUGAGGAAGAGGCUAUCGAGCUUGCGAACGACAAUCCGAAUGGACUGGCAGCUGUCCUACUUACCAAGGAUGGUGCGAGGAUGAGGCGGGUAGGUGAACAGAUUGAGGCAGGGUUAAUUUGGGUCAACUGCUGGCUGGUCCGCGAAUUGGGGACGCCGUUUGGUGGGAUGAAGAAUUCGGGAACGGGGCGUGAAGGGGGAGAGUAUAGUAGGGACGUCUUCACGAAUGUGCGAACAUUGCACAUACCCAUGUAG